AUGAUGAUGAUGUGCAGAAUUGCAGUUGAUUUAUGGGAUUUUUUGGAUAUUAGCAGGCAGCACAUCUGGGUUCUUCCAUUUUUCUUUUAUCCUGGUGUGGAAGAACUCCAGGUGGUUGGGAAUAUAAAAAGUAAACUAGUAGCAGCAGUAGAUCCACCGCCAUCUAUCAUCACUCAGGGCAAUGUUGAGGAGGAGGUCAAUCAAAGCGUUCAUCUUUAUUGCAGCAUUGUUCUGUGCUGUCUCGUUGCUUCCCGGGAAGCUUCUGUGCAUCGGUACCCCGGUGAAAAAUUCGGCAUCAAAGGCAAUGCUUUCAUCGUCCACGGUGGUAGUGAGGGAAUUUACUCUUCUCUCCCUGGCUUCAACGCCUCUUCCAAACCCGAUUCUUUCAUCCGUUUUGAGAAGAUUGUAUUUAGGAGGCCCAAAGAGUUUUCAAACUUCAGCUCGUGGCCAAUUCAUGCAGUUAUUUUCGAGGUUGAUGACAGGGAGACAAUUGGGGGCUCAGCCUACGGGGGCCAAAGAGCUGUUUGUUGCACAGCAGAUCUUGCAAAACUUGGAGUGUGUAAACAGGGGGAUGUCAUUUACCGGCCGUCAACUAUUAAUCCUGGUUGGCCUCAAGUGUUUGAUGUCCGAUUUCAAGCUGAUGAGCUGGAUGCAGCACUACAACCAAGUUCCAUCCAAAUAACUAAAACUGGGAUGUACAAUCUCUACUUUAUUCAUUGUGAUCUGAAUCUGAAAGAGGUCACUGUAGAGGGAAAAACUAUAUGGAAAAAUCCUUCUGGUUACCUGCCUGGUAGAAUGGCCCCGCUUAUGAACUUCUAUGGUUUAUCUCUUGCAUUUGUUGUUCUUGGCCUAUUCUGGUUUUCACAGUACGCAAGAUUCUGGAGAGAGGUUUUGACAUUGCAAAAUUGUAUUACUCUGGUGAUAACGUUGGGCAUGUUCGAGAUGGCUUUAUGGUACUUUGACUAUGCAAAAUUCAAUGAAGCUGGAAUCAGGCCCAUUGGAAUAACUGUUUGGGCUGUUACCUUUGGUGCUGUGAAACGUACAGUUUCACGUCUCAUCAUUUUGAUGGUCUCAAUGGGUUAUGGUGUCGUCAGACCAACUUUAGGUGGCCUUACAUCUAAGGUCCUUAUGCUUGGAGGGACAUUCUUUAUUGCAUCCGAGGUCCUUGAACUGGUAGAAAAUGUCGGUGCUAUAAGUGAUCUUUCAGGGAAGGCAAGAUUGUUUUUUGUUCUUCCUGUUGCAGUAUUGGACGCUUUCUUCAUUCUCUGGAUAUUUACAUCUUUGUCUGCCACUCUGAACAAGCUUCAGGCUCGACGAAUGCUGGCCAAGCUUGACAUUUAUCGGAAGUUCACAAAUGCAUUGGCUGUAGCAGUUAUUGUGUCUGUUGGCUGGAUUUGUUAUGAGCUCUACUUCAAGUCAAGUGAUGUGUACAAUGAGCACUGGCAAAACGCGUGGAUCAUUCCAGCUUUCUGGCAAGUCUUGUCAUUCUCUCUACUUUGUGUCAUCUGUGCUCUAUGGGCUCCAUCUCAGAACUCGAUGAGGUAUGCCUACUCUGAUGAUGGAGGCGACGAGUUUGACAAAGAUGAUUCUUUGACACUCAUAAAACCUUCCCUUAUUCCUUCGAAGGAUGUAAGAAGUGCACCUGAAGUGAGACUAGCGCAUGGCGACAAUGGGUUAUCAAACGGUGAUUUAGAAGAAGACAAAACAGAAUAAAUGUGGCAUAUGCCUCAUUUGUGUUCUCAUCAAAGAAGAUAAAUGAAGAAUCGUGUACAAGUUACGAGGGUCGAACACUUAAAAUCCACCCAGGGGAUAUUAUAGAUGGUUCGGUGUUUUUUUUUUUUUUUUUAAAAAAAUUUUUAUUUAUCUACUUGGUUCGUGUCCUUGAUCCUUUGUUGUUUUUCUCCCCCAAUUAAAUCUUGUUUUUAUAAAAAUUUGUUUUAUUGAAUAUAAUUAGCACACAGGAGGAGUCAGCAGGCUGGCAUCUAAGCUCUAUUUUGUUGUUGUAACAUUAAGUGGGAAUGUAUGAUCGAUCAUUCAGAGCUGUCUUCAUUUAAAUAAA